AUGUGGCCCUUCUCCGGGUGUAGCGACAGCGAGGAUGCUUGUGCGCCCACUCCACCCUCGCUCCUGACACCUUACGCCAUCUUCUCGCUCCUACCGUUCGCCAUCAUCUUGGCGACCACGUACAUUACUGCCACGAGACAUAUCCUUCCCCGCCUAUCGAAACCACAAAACGGCGAGUCGCGAGACGGAGAGGGCCACGUCUUACCCAGGCAUGCGCCCGAGGCCCUUAAGGCCGCCCACGCUGAGCAUGGCGAGAAGAGUCUAGACAAGCGGUUGACGCGCGCUGUGUUUGGCGCAACGGUCAGUUUGGCGGCCACGCUGGGUGCGGAGAUUCUGGGGGAGAUUCUGCGCUGGGGCGAUGGUUUUGCGCGGGAGUGGGCGCUGCGCUGGACGGUGAGGGGGCUGCUGCUCAUGAUGGCUGGGGUCCUCCCUUGGCUGGAGUGCAAAAACUUGGUCGCGGCGGCGGGGUGGAAUUUUCAGCGCAACGCAAAGAGGAAAUCGGCAAAGACCGCGUGGGCUAUUCAGUCCGCGCUGUUCAAAGCUUGGAUUUUUGUCUUCUGGUCGGUCGGUGGUGCUGUGCCGACCACGGGGGCCGCGCGGACGGGAAAUACAGCUGAUGAUGGGUUGGUCGAGAUGGUCACUCGCGGAUGUCUGGAGCGGGUGGGUGUGGUCGGCAUCUGUCUCAUGGCGCUGCUGGCGGGCUUCGCUUCGGUCAGUUCGCCGUGGUACACUUUUGGCGAUGCCUCACAGCGGAGGAGGCGGCCUGUGACCGAGGCGGACGUGACAAGGAAGCAAGCUGGUCUCGACGCCGCGAGCGAGAUGCUGCUCACGAAGCGGCACCGCCUGCAGAUGCUGGAGCGUAGGACGUCGGAGCCGAGUCAAGGGCCCAAGAGUGGCCUCAUGGGCAAGAUGAUGGGCUCGAUACGUGGCGUCUCGGGGGAGGAGGCGGAGAUGAGGACCCUACGCAUGGAAAUUGCCGGCCUCGAGACCAUGGAGGCCAACCUGGCGAGUAACCUCGCCAUCCUCAAGGGGCAGAGGGACGUGGCGGCCCGCGCGUCGACGCCCAUGGGCCGGUUGCUCCUCGUGCCGUCGUACGUCUUCAGCUGCUACUGUGUCUACCGCCUCCUGGCUACGACCGUGACGACGCUGAGGAGAAUGUCGUCGCCCUCGGCGACUAGCUUUUCAAGCAGCGACCCCAUCAACAGGUUUCUCGGUCUUUUGGCACGGCACUGGGACCCCAAGAUGGACCAGCUCGCGUGGGCGCGGACCAUCAGCUUCGCCCUGUCGGGCGUGAUGCUCGUCUUGAGCGCAAACGCCGUGGUGCAGACGCUGCAUCUCUUUUCCCGGUGGACGCCCAAGGUGCUGCAUCGGCACAUGCAGUCUUCCCUCGCGCUGGGCGCCAGUCAAGUCGCGGCCACGUAUGUGAUAUCGUCCCUGCUCCUGCUCCGGAGCCAUCUACCAGGCGAGGUCCGCGACACGGUCAGCGGCGCGCUGGUGCGCGGGGCCCCCUUGAUGAGUCCUGCCUUUGCGGACGGGUGGUUCGAGGGCUGGUUUCUCAUCGGUGCGGGUGUCACGGGCGUUGGUGUCUGGUUGACCAGGCGGAUUGGCGGUAGACCGGGCGAUCUGGACUGUGACGAGUACGCAAUGGAGGAGAUGGGCGCCAAGAGAUUAUAG